CAACCACAUUAGCCAAAUUAAGUUGGUCCAUAUUCGAACUCUGGAAAUUUUACAAUUCAUGUUCCAAUCUAUAAGACGUUUACCUCUUGAACAAAUGCAAGGGGGUCUUGUCCAGAACGCAAUGCUUCAAGCAAUAGAGUGUGGGAAUGUGGAGUUUGUCAGGAAGAUGUGUGAUGCAAAUUUCUUAGUAUAUAUGCUCACGGAUGGAAAGGGAAAACAACUGCUUCACUAUUCCAUCGAGUGUCGUCAAGACGAAAUAUAUUGCCUUCUAUCUGGAUCAAUUCCUAGAAAUGCCAGAGAACAGUAUAUUGUAAAUGGAGGUGACAAGUUAGGCAACACUAUACUACAUUCAGCAGGAUCUUUAUCACCAGUUGCAAUUGCACAUCUUAAUCGGAUUCAAGGUGCUGCAUUGCAAGUGCAGAGAGAACUACAAUGGUUCAAGGUAAACAGUAUUGUACCGCCUAAGGUGCAUGAAAUGCAAAAUUAUCAAGAUCGUAUGACAGCACGCGAAUUGUUUACUAAAAACCACAAGGAAAUAGUUGAGGAUGGAGAAAGGCAAAUGAAAGAGAUAGCCACUUCAUCUACAGUUGUAGGGGCUUUGAUAGUUACUAUGAUGUUUGCUUCAGCAUUCACCGUUCCGGGUGGAACUAAUGGAGAUACAGGCAUGCCUGUGUUUAAAGAUCGAAAGAUGUUUACAGUCUUUAUAGUUUCCAAUGCUAUAUCACUCUUUGUCUCAACAACUUCAGUAGUGAUAUUUCUGGGGAUCCUGACAUCACGUUAUGCAGAAGAUGAUUUUCUUAUUUCAUUGCCAACGAAAUUGGUAAUGGGUCUUUCCACCCUCUUCUUCUCCAUUGCUACUACGGACUGA